AUGUUUAUCUCUGAAAUUUCUUAAGCAAAUGCAAUUACUUAACCUAUUCUCAAAUAAUUUCUCAGAUCCAGAAUUAAUUAUAUCAUGGAAAAUAAAAAUAUCCUAAAAAAUACUCAAAUAAGUGAAUUAAUAUUCAUACAAACUUUAAUGUAUUAUGAUUAUGGAUGGUUAACAGAUUGUAUUAAGAAUCUUACAAGAUUAUUGAAUUGUUCUGAUCUCAAUUAGAAUCUAAUUAUUAAAAAUUUUGUUUAAAAAACCACCAAUCUUGAUGAUUCAUCAAAUGAAACAUCUACAAAAAAGGUUAAAUCAGAUCCACAAUUAACAUAAUAUAUUUAUGUUAAGGUUUAAUUAAGUAUGACUGAAUAUUGUAGAUUACAUUUCAUUUUACAUUUAGCUAAAUUUAAAUUAAAAUCAUUUUUAGGUACAUCUAUGUAUGCAUAUUAAUAAUUAAUGGUCUCUGAUUUUAUAACUUCAUUUUUAUAAUAUGAUAAAACUUUAAGAGAUAUACAAUCUAAAACAUUAAAUUUAAUACAUGAUAAAAUUAAUUUUUACCAUUAAACAAUUAAAAAUGAUAAAUAAAAUUUAAAUCAUUUUGCAUAAUAAACUAAAAAAAUUUGUACAAAAUUAACCUCAUUUAAAAGGAUGAUUAAAUAAAUCUAUGAUCAAUAUCCUUGUAAGAGUAUGCAAAGAUGUUUGUGUUUUUUCUAAAGUGAAUUACUGAAUAAUUAUUAUUAAGCUAAUAAAACAUCUACUAUUACAUCUAUGACAGAUGAUAAAAUAUUUAAAAAUAAAAAAAUAAGAAAUUAUGAAAUUCAAAUAGAAUAAACAGCUUAUAUAAUUUUAUCCAUAAAGGGAGAUUUAGAUGAUUUCAAUAUUGAAUAAGGUUCAUCCUUUUUUUUACAACUCACUGGUUAUGAAACAUAUAAAGAUUUACAAUUUAAAUAAUUAUUACCUAAGUUUAUGAGAAAGUUUCAUCCAAUAAUUAUUAAUAAAUUCUUUAUUAAUGGUCAAUCUCGUUUUUAUAAAAAUUUUAAUUAAAGUUUUAUUUAAACUAAAAUUGGACUAUUAAAAACAAUAUUUUUAAGUUAUGAUAUAACUAAAAUAAUUAAAAAUUAAAAUUUAGUAUUUGCAGCAUUUCUUUAAGAGCUGCCAGAUUAAAAAUGUUUUAUAUUAUCAUAUGGUGAGAAAAAAAAAUUAAUUUUUUCUGAAAACUUUUUUAAGAAAAUUGGUUUUGAUUAAAAAGUUAUUUUGAAUCUACCAUCCAUUGUCAUAAAUAAUAUUUAUUUAUAAUAUCUAUUUCCUGAUUUUCCAAUUACUCAUUCAGAAACAGAAACAUCAUAAGUCAAUACAGAAAUGAGAUUUUUAAUUGAUAAAAGAUUGAAAGAAUUAUAAAAAUAAGGAAUAGACUUAAGCUAACAUAUAUAAGAUUUUAAAUAAUGGGAAAAAGUAGAAUAAAUCUGUUUAUAUAAUGUAACAAUUAUGAUUACAAGUCGUUUUAUAAAUGAUUAAUCUUAUCUAUUAAUUGAAUUUUCAUCAAUUACUAGAAUAACUAAAUCUUCAUAAGAUGUCUCUAAAUUUUAGACUCUCUAAAAUUUUGACUAAAUUUCUUAAAAAUCUCCUUUUCUAAAAGAAAGAGGAAAUUCAAUUAGUAUUGCUUCAUAAAUGAAUUUAAGUCUUGAAGCAUAACCAAAAAGAGUAAAAGUUAUUGAUAUUAAAACAAAAGAAAUUUAGAAAAAUGAAUUAUCAGAAGAUGAAGUAGUUUUUAGAAAAGAUGAAUUAUAAAUUCAUGUUCCUUACUAAAGCCAGAGAUAGUUAUUGUCAGAUAGAAAAAAUGAAACUUAAUAAGAGUUCUUUAAUCUAGAUUUAUUGAGACUGGAUUCAAAUAUUUAAUCUUCUUUGGAAAUUUAAAAAUCAUAAAUAAAUAGUAAAAAGAAAAUAGAUCAAAACGAUGAAAUAUAAUCUUAAUAGUCAUCUUUAGGAGGUUUAAAGGAAUCUUAGUUAUUUAAGAAAUUUGAAAUGAUAGAGAAGAUAAUUAAAAGUAAUAAAUUUAGAACCAUAAUUAUUUAUAUAAUUUUGCUAAUAUUGUUAACUCUGUUUUGGAUAUCUUAUUCAAUAAUGGUGGUAACAGCAAUGUCAUCUUAAUUAUUAUAAUUUAUUUAAGAAAUAGAUAUGAUAUCUUUGCAUGCAAGUAUAAUGGGUCCACAUGAAUUGUAUUCAUCAAUAAAAGUUACAAUAACUGCUUAUUAAUAGUAAUAUCGAGAAAAAUAUAUAGAUAAUACAACUUUUUAAAAAUUGAUUGAUCCUUUAUAUUAAUUCAAUGCUCCUUAUUAUUUUGAUUUGUAAGAUAGUUUUUUUGAGGUUUUAAAGAAUGAUCAUCUAACUGAAUUUUUUAUUGAUUAGUAUGAAACUGUAUAUUUUAUGGGUAAUAAUGAUACAGAAACUUAUAGUAAGGUAUUAUCAUUUAGAGAAGAACUUUUAGCAAUUAUAAAUUAUUAAUAUUAGUUCAAAAGACUUUUUGAUUAACGAAAAAAUGCACCUGGAUAACCACAUUAAGUCUUUUAAUUUGCUAAUUAUUUUAAUUUAUAAGAUUAAUUAGAAUAAUUAACUGAUGAAAUAUUAUAAUUUUCAAAAGCAAGAAGUAUAAGUUCAAAUAGUUAAUGGCUUAUUGUUUGGAUUUUAUAUUAAAUAUUAUCAGUAUUAUUGGGAAUAAUCUUAAUGUUAGUUAAAAAAAGGAUGCUAAAAACUUAUGAGAAUUUAUUGAGUUUAUUUUAUUAUUCUGAUAAGAGUGCAAUAGAAUAAGAAAUUUUUAAACUAAAAAAUUUAUAUUAGUAAUUAUCUCAAAAUCAAGAAGCAAUACAGAAAUAUGAAUUUGAUUUUAAAGAGAGAGAAGAAUUAAUAAAAAGAAAAAAAAAGGAUAAUAAUUAAUAAAAGCCAGAAAAAUUUAAAACAUGGAAAAAUAAAAAAUUACCAUAAUUAAUACCAUUAUUGGGAAUAUUUUUAAUGUAUGCUUACUUUUUGGUGUUUUCAGUUAUAAUUUACUAGUAAACAUAGAAUUAUCUAAUAAAAUAUAAACAAACAACUGACUUUUAUAGAUUAGUUUAAGAUAUGAGAUUCAGAAGUGGAACUAUUUAUGUUUAUAGAGAGAUAUUAUUUAGAUGGUCUAAUUUUACUUAUUUAAACACAAAUGAUUUGAAUCGUUUAUAUUAAUUAAUUGAAAAAUCAUAGAAUGUAACUUAAGAAUAUAUAAAUAUCUAAAAUGAUCUUUAGAAUGAUUAAUAUCUAUUAUCAGAAAGUUAUAUUAAUUUUAUAAGUUAAGUUGAGAAUUAAAAUUUGUGCAAUUUUAUUGAUGCUGUAUUUAUUUUAUAUAUCAUAGAAAUACAUCAAUUUAACAGUUUAUUGCUAAAUUUCUUUAGAUGGAGUUUUACUUAAGGGUAUGAUUCCAAGUUUAAAUUAUAUAUCUACAGCCAUCCGAAAUUAAUAAGCAAUAAAUAAUUUUACUAAAAGAGUAGAAGUACAUUUUUAUGAAUUGGAAGGUGCUUAAAUAAUUAGUUAAGUCUUUUCGAAUGUAUCUUAAUAAUUAAAAUCAGGAAUGAUCGAUUUGACAUAACAUUUUAACCAAACAAAUGAAGUAAGAAUAUUAAAUAAAUAGAUUCUAUCUUAUUUAUUUAUGGCAUCUUAGAUCAUCAUGUCAAUUAUUAUACUAAGUUGCUUUAGAAAGUCAUUGAUCAAUGAAUUUAUAAUGUAUAAGAAAUCUUUAUAUCUCAUACCUAUCAAAGUAUUUCUAGGAGAUAAUUCUUUAGAGAGGGCCUUAAGAUAAUUAGAAUUUACAGAAAAGAUUUGA